ACAGAUAUAUAUUUAGGGAGAAAAUUAAACAUGAGCUUUCAGGGCUGAAGUUUCGCGAGUGUUACGAACGAGCGCUAGUUUAUCAGAUGAAUGCGCCGCGAUUUACUAUAGGGCCGGGAAUGUAAAAUUCACUGCUGUGGGUCUAGUUCUCGCGCCCGUGGAUAAUUUUAAAUCGAGAUUUGGAGGUAUAUAGGCGACUUGAAAAUUUAUAUGAUCGUAUGUUAUAACCACUUCUAAAAAUUUUAAAGUGGUUCCGCCCCGAACACACAAUGUAGACUUACAUGAUAUACGUAUAAGGUACAGAGCGAAAGCUGAACUUCAUAAGUGCCGGCGACGUGUAAAAUAUGCAAGUGUCGGCUGCCUCGCGACUGUAAAAUAUUCAGGCUAAGAUUUUUAUCCGCAACGCGACCGGCCGAGGAUUAGCAUUACGCGAAGUCGCGCAGCGUGAAGCAGUCGCCUAUUGUGAGCGUGUACUUCAUUCAUUUAAACAUGGAAAAAGUCAAGAUUGCUUCCCUAAUUACUCGAUCGACGCAGACGCCAAGCUUACCUACCUCCACGGCCAAAACCGUGAGAAUGUUUUACGCGAGGGAGUUGUUGGAACAGCCGAAGAAGAAGACGUUGGAUUUAGGCCUUUUGGAAUCACCCUGGCCACCGGUCGUUGGGAUGGAUAGAAUGAGGGCGAGGACCUGGUGGGGAAGGUUCCUUGUGGAACUCGCGAGCAAGGCGAGCUUUCAUGGGCUGAAUCAUUUGGCGGCUCCAAGGAGACACGCGUGCGAGAGGUUUUUAGUCGGCCUCAGCAUACUGGGAGCCUUGGGUGGUCUCAUAGCGAUAUCCCUGGACUCAUGGCACCGCUAUCAGCACGAGUCGACUAUGCUCGUGUUGGACAACAAUUUUCGCAAGUUCGAAAUCGCGAAGCCCUCCGUCACGAUAUGCCCGAUCAACUACCUCGACGAGGAGAAAUUCCCUGAAGUUUUCAGAAGACACAACUUGAGCGACACUCCGGCGACGAGGAGCUUCCUGCUGACGUUGGCAAAUCUCACGUACGACAAUAUGCGAGAAUCUCUGGACGGCGAGUUCGAAGCUGUGCAGCCGGAUAUGUGGCUGCGACUACUGUACGAGCUCAGGGCUGACGUCGAGCUCGUGUCCCAGUACGCGGACGAGUUCACCUGGGUCAGUACGGAACGAGGACUCUGUCUCAUGUUGGCGAGUGCGGUUGGGGAUUACUCGGCGAUCGAAUACUGGCUCACCGGCAAACUCCCAAUAGCAUCGAAGACGAAAAGCAGAAGGAGGUCAUACUUCAACGUCAAUAAUUACGGAGUAGUAGGAUCUAUAAGCUGCAAGAGUCACGAUUUCUGGGCAAGUUCAGAUAUAUCUUUCUCCGCCACAGCAGCACAGCUUGUGUGCAGAGCGCGAACAUCGGCCAAUCGAUGUGUAUAUAGAAAGCGAAUGGAAAAAUGUAGCUCACAACCGUGCGCGGCUAUGCGAAACUUUUCUCUUCAAGAAUUCCAGCCGCAUUGCAUCGCCGUUCGAAAUUCUCCAGCGAAAUUCAAAAUUCGCAUUUCGAAAGCUUGCGAAAAAAUCCACCUGAAACUCUCCUCAUUAAAAGUCUCUCGGUUAAACUACCUCAUUCUCUCGCAGCUGGGUAUGCAUUACCCUGACACGCUGAUCGAGUACACGACACCGGGGAAAGUCAUACGAAAGGUGACGCUGAACUCGUUGACGCUAGGCAUCGCCGAGGUCGGCAGUUCGGAGAGGGUAAGACGCCUGACGGUGAGACAGCGAAACUGCAAGCUUCAGGAGGACGGAGGAUUGAAGAUGUGGCCCGUUUACACCAGCAGCAUGUGCAGACUCGAGUGCAAAUUCGAGGAGAUGAGACGGAGAUGCGGCUGCUAUCCGCAUUUUGCGAAGCCUUCGAAAGGGGUUGCAAUCUGCACGUCUCGUCAGCUGAAAUCCUGCAUCGCCGAGCGAACGAAUGAUCUGAUCCAUCUGAAAGCAGAGAAGCUCAAAUCCUGCGGUUGCCUUCAAGACUGCAACGAGGCGCUGUACAUCGACAAGGAAUCAACCUCGUUCGCUCUCAAGGAAGGCUCGCCCCCGGACGCCAUAAUGAACCUGAACAUCGACUUUCCGCAAGUCAAGUACAUCCACGAGGAAUUGUUCGGAUUAACCGACUUCUUGGCCUCGAUGGGAGGAGCGGCCGGAUUGUUUCUGGGAGCCAGCGUGCUAUCCUUCUGCGAGAUCAUCUAUUUUGCAAGCCUUCGUCUGCUCUGGUUCGGCGUCGAUGAGAAGCGUAAGCGGAGGAAGAUGAAGCGUUUGCUGAGGACUAAAUAAUUGGAGACCCAAGUCGAUUGGCGGAUGCAAGUUCGCAGUAGCGUCUAAUGAAAUUUGUCAUUUUUAAUCUUGACAACCAAAGUUGUAUCGAUAAUAACCUCGAUUUUCCUUUUAUUUCUUCGUUACAUUCGUUUGAAGGUAUACAAUCGAGAGGAAUUCGUAAUCGUCACUUGUCCGUACACUCCAUAGAGGAGGCAGAUAAUAAGACGCUUCGAAACGAGGCGAGAAUGUCUCUGAACGCUGUGCCUUGAAUCUUAGCUGCAUCUUCAAACGUUUUAAUAAAGCUCUCCACCCUCUCUUCGCUUCAUUGGUCAAGUAUAAGAUGACUUAUUAUUAUUAAAACUUUGAGACUUACGAGAUGGAGAAU